GGCGCCUCGCGGGUCACCGCAGGGGCUCAGGGUAACGGCGGGUGUGGGAGCCACGCGGGAUCGCUGCGGCGGCGGGCUGAGCUGGAGGACACGGCCGCUUCCCCGCCGCUGGCUGAGCCCGCCACCCUCGCCCAUGAGGACGGGCCCACCAUGUUCUAUGGUACCCACUUCAUCAUGUCUCCGCCCACCAAGAGCAAGCUGAAGCGGCAGGGCCAGCUGCUGUCCAGCGUGCUGUCCCGGACGCUGAGCUACAAGUACCGCGACCUGGACGCCACCUUCACGGGCUUGGGUGCCAGUGAUGACCCCGCGGAGCUCUCCACCCAGCUCUCGGCCCCCGGGGUCUUGAAGGUGUUUGGGGACAGUGUCUGCACGGGCACCCACUACAAGAGCGUCCUGGCCACCGGCACGUCCAGCGCUCGGGAGCUGGUGAGAGAGGCCCUGGAGCGCUACGGCCUGAGCCCCGAGCGCGCCGGCCAGUACGUGCUGUGUGACGCGGUGGGCCGGGCCGGCGGCUCCGGGCGGCAGUGGCAGGCCGAAUGCUUCCGGGUGUUCGGGGACAACGAGAAGCCCCUCUUGAUUCAGGAACUGUGGAAGCCCCGAGAAGGCUUGUCCCGGCGGUUUGAGCUGAGAAAGCGGUCAGACGUGGAGGAGCUGGCAGCCAGGGACGUGGACACCACGACGGCAGGGAUAAACGCUCAAGCCCGGAGGCUGCAGCGGAGCCGCGCCAAGGGAACCCCAGCCCUGGCCUUGGAGGGUGCCCGGGGUCCCCCUGAGCCCCGGCUGCGCCGCUCGGCCAGCGAGACCAGCCUGAGCCCUGCCGCCGCCCAGGAGCCCGGCCCGGACGCCAUGCGCUACUCCCUCUACGAGUCGCCCCAUCUGCUCCUCCUGCAGGGCUACAGCCAGCAGCACGACAGCCUGGUGUACGUGCUCAACCGGGAGCGGCACACGGUGGGCCAGAGGACGCCCUCCAGCAAGCCCAGCAUCAGCCUCUCGGCCCCCGACAUCCUGCCCCUGCACUGCACCCUCCGCCGGCUGCAGCCCUCGGGCCGAGAGCGGCCCCGCGGCCUGCUGGUCCUGGAGCCCAUCCCUGGGGCUCCCGUCGCGGUCAACUUCUCGGAGGUGGGCGGCCAGACGGUGGCGCUGCGCCACGGGGACCUGCUGUCCCUGGGCCUCUACUACCUGCUGCUCUUCAAGGACCCGGCGCAGGCCCAGCCGCUGCCCGCGCAGGCCCUGGCCCGCCUGCGGGCCCUGCCGCACAGCUGCAGGAUGUGCGGGGCCCCGCUGCGGGCCCCGGGCGCCCCCCGGCCCCGGCCGCUGCGCCUGGAGUUCGAGCCCGAGGCGGAGGACGCGCUGCUGCGGCGCAUCAUGACGCUGAUCGAGCCGGGCGGCGACGACCACAAGCUGACGCCCGCCUUCCUGCUCUGCCUGUGCGUCCAGCACGCGGCCACGCGCCUCCCACAGGGCUCCUUCGGGCCACUGCUGCUCAAGAUCGCCCGGAUGAUCCGCGAGACCGUCUGGGAGAAAACCAAAGAGCUAGCGGAGAAGCAGGCGCACCUCCAGGAGCCCCCGUCCCCGGCCAGCUUCAGCCUGGCGGGCCUGCUCCCCGACCUGCGGCACAUCCUGGUGUGGAUGGCCAACGCCAUCGAGCUGCUCUACUUCGUCCAGCAGCAGGGCCCCGUCUACAUGCAGAGCCUGGAGCAGGAGCUGGACGUCACAGGCUCGAAGGAGUCCCUGUUCUCCUGCGCACUGUCGGCCAGCGAGGAGGCCAUGGCGGAGCUGGAGGAGGUGGUGCUGUACGCCUUCCAGCAGUGCGUGUACUACGUCUCCAAGUCCCUGUACGUCUGCCUCCCAGCCCUGCUGGAGUGCCCCCCCUUCCAGACGGAGCCCCGGGAGAGCUGGUGCCCGGCCCCCCAGCUGCCCGAGGAGCUGCGCCGCGUGGUGGCCGUCUACCAGAGCACGCUGGACCUCCUGCAGCAGUCCCAGGUGCACCCCGAGGUCGCCGCGCAGGUGCUGGCCUACCUGUUCUUCUUCUCCAGCACGCUGCUCUUCAACCAGCUGCUGGACAAGGGCCCCUCUCUGAGUUGCUUUCACUGGCCCCGAGGCGUCCAGGCCUGUGCCCGCCUGCAGCAGCUCCUGGAGUGGACCAGAAGCGCCGGCUUCGGGGAGGCCGGGGAGCACUUCUUCCGGAAGCUCUCCUGCACCCUCAACCUGCUGGCCACACCCCGCGCCCAGCUCAUCCAGAUGGGCUGGGCAGACCUGCGGGCCGCGUUCCCCGCCCUGAGCCCCGCGCAGCUGCACCGGCUCCUGACCCAGCAGCAGCUGGCCUCCGCCGUGGGCCCCAUGAGCGCCUGGGAGCCGGCCGCCCAGGACUGCCCCGACGCCUUCCAGUCAGAGGACGUCCUGGAGUCCUACGAGAACCCCCCGCCCAUCGUCUUGCCCAGUGAGGGCUUCCAGGUGGACCUGGAGGCGGGCUGCCCGGACGAGAGCGUCUACCAGCACCUGCUCUACCUGCGCCACUUCCUGUGGGGCCUGCAGAGCAGGCCCAGCCCGGGCGGCGGGGCCUCCCCGCCCCAGGGCCCUGAGGGCCCGCACCACCCUGCCCCGGAGGGGCACCCCGAGGGCCAGAGCUGCCCCCUGGCUCCCCGGGGCCCCGGCAGGGGUGCUCUCGAAGGCGGCCCGGCACACCCUCUCCCCUCGCCCCGGGCUCCGCGGGCACAGGGCCCCCCAGAAAGGCAGCCAGGCCGGGGGAGCCGCGGGGGCCCCCCGCACACGGACUCCUCCUGCCUGCUCACGCCUCCCAGCACCCCGCUCGAGCCCGCGCUCCCCGACUGGCCCCACCCCGGCGGCUCCGGUGGGAAGGCGGCCCUGGACGGGAGGCGGGACGGACCAGGCGGCCUCCGAGGGGCGACGCCGGAAGGAGACCGCGUGGCUUCCGAGGACGAGUUCCCCCCGGCUCCCUCCAGCACCCACGACUUCUGCUCCGUCUUCCUGGUGGAGCUGGAGCGAGGCCCCUCCGGGCUGGGGAUGGGGCUGAUUGACGGGCUGCACACGCCCCUGGGCGCCCCCGGCCUCUACGUCCAGACCCUGCUCCCGGGCAGCCCUGCAGCUGCCGACGGCCAGCUGUCGCUGGGGGACCGCAUCCUGGAGGUGAACGGCAGCAGCCUGGCCGGGGUCAGCUACCUGAGAGCCGUGGACCUGAUCCGCCACGGGGGGAAGAAGAUGCGGUUCCUCGUGGCCAAGUCCGACGCGGAGACCGCCAAGAAGAUCCGCUUCCGCUCGCCCCCGCCCUAGGGGCCCCGCGAGCCGCUCCCGAGGGCUCGGGUGCGCCCCCUUGAGGACACUGGCCGCCCCCACCCUGUGGAUAAUGUACAUCUUAGUGUAUAUUUUAUUUAUACGACAGAUGACACUAAGUUGUGAUGUUUACUACAGAGCUUUUACGUUGGAAAAUUUUAAUGGAGAUGAAUAGGUUCAAUAAACUAUCUUUUGUA